AUCGCGGAGGUAAAUCUAAGAAAGGUGGAGACUUCGGGAUAACUUCCUGCACAGUACUCUCAAGAAUCAUACCUCAUACUUAAACAACAGGCCGACAACAAAACCAAGUCGAAUGGAUUAGUAACGCAAAUAAACUCUCUAACAAGCACUUCUCCCUCACGAUUCCACGCAUAAGUAGGAUUUAACGCUAGCAUCCAGCCUGCUAGCUACCAUCAGCUACCAGGACGGCAGAUUGAACACACCAGAUCAAGACGCUUUCGUAUCGAAGGACAGUAUGGUCGAGGUGGUGGUGGAGCAUGAGUAUGAAGCCCUCCAAGAAGAUGAGUUGACCCUCAGGCUCGGAGAUGUGAUCAGAAACGUGCGACGAAUUGAGGAAGAGGGAUGGAUGGAAGGAGACCUCAACGGGAAACGAGGCCUUUUCCCGGACAACUUUGUAAAGGAGGUGAAAAAAGAUGAUCCAAAGUCCAAAGAGGAGUCAAAGGAGACUAAAGAAAAGGAAGUGAAAGUCGAGAAUCCGAUACAGCGGCGAGCAUCAGGGAAUGUAGCGAGCCUGGUACAGAGGAUCAGUACCUAUGGCAUCCCGGCAGGAGGAAUUGGCUUGCCACCCCAAUCUCAACCCCGAGCCUCAAAAAAGAAGCUCAAGAAGCGUCAGUGCAAAGUCCUGUUUGAUUAUGUGCCUCUGAAUGAAGACGAGCUGGAACUGAAGGUUGGAGAUAUCAUUGACAUCACUGAGGAGGUUGAGGAGGGCUGGUGGAGCGGAAGCAUGAAUGGGAAGUCUGGACUCUUUCCUUCCAACUUUGUCAAAGAAAUAGAAUCAACUGAAGACACCGAGACGAGCAAUGUAACAGACGAGCCAGAUGGCAUAGAUGGAGCGACUAGCCCCACGUCCCCUUACCAAGGCAACGGGGUCAUGGCCCAACCAAAGAAGAUUAAGGGUGUCGGAUUUGGCAACAUAUUCAGAGAGGGAUCUGUAAAACUCAGAGCCUCUCAAAGAACACCACCUGAAAUGGAGGAAAAGAAAGAAAAACCAAUCCCAUCAUUACCAUCUGCCACAAAAACCACCCCUUUGAGCACUCCUGAACCCCCUAAGGGAGAAAAAGAAGCAGAGAGCAAAGGAAAAGUAAAAGAAUACUGUAAGGCCACAUUCCACUAUGAAGCAACUAACCAAGAUGAGCUGGAUUUAAAGGAGGGUGACAUCAUCCACAUACUGAGCAAGGACACAGGAGAGCCGGGCUGGUGGAGAGGAGAGAUCAACGGCAGAGAGGGAGUUUUCCCAGACAACUUUGUAGCUCCGCUUCCUGAGACAGUCAAAGAGACACUCCCAUCCAAAGGCUUCUUUAAAGCUUCUCCUAAACCGGAACCAGAGGAGAAGCCAAAGAAGCCCCCACCACCAUCUAAAACCCCAGCCCUGAAACCAGAGGCCCCCAGUGUGGACAAGAAGCACCCGCAGUCACGGCCUGAAGAUAAAGUUGUCAAGCCCUUGCCUGAGAAGCCCGCCAAACCUGCUGGCCCCAUCGUACCCCCGAAAAAACCUGUGCCUCCCAGCAAGGCACUUCUGCGUCCUUCCAUCCACACAAAACGACCGGACUUGCCUCUCAUUCCAUCACCAUCACCAGCCGCCAAGCAAGUGCAAAAUGGAGAAGUUCCCCACAUACGAACAAAGUCAGAGAGCGAACCUGUACCCAUCAAGCCAAAAUCCGUGGACAGCAGUGAGAAGAAUUCAGAAACAGUUAAUCUCAUGAGUUUUGACGAUGUCUCCUCGGACCCUGGGAAGUUGACCCACCUUACCGCACAGCGACCAAAGAUGCCUGGCAAAAGACCUCCUGGUCACAGAGGCCACUCCCCGAGCAAUGAAAUUGCUGAGAAAGCUGAGAAAAUCGAGAAAGUGGAUGAAGUUGAAACUGCAUCUUCCACGCAGAAAAAGGUACUUCAAAUAUGUAGUACACAAUUCCAGUGGUGUAUAAAGUAUCUGAAAGCCAUACUCAAUUUGUUUUACUUGCAGACGUCUGUCUCAUCACCCUUACCAUCUUCGGUGCCUAAAACAGUUUCAGCAACCCAUAUCACCCCUGAGCCCAAACCAAAACCUGACAAGGAAGAGGAGAAAGGAUCUGAACUGGAGGAAAUGAAGACUCAGAUAAAGGAGCUAGUGCUGUCUAUAGAAUUACUGAAGACACAACAGUCGAGAGAGCUAAGUGAACUCCGAAAAGAGCUGGGUGAUGAACGACUCAAAAGAUUGGCCCUGCAGAUUGAGAUAGAAAAACUGAAGAAGAUUGUACAAUCAACAUGAAAUCUGGCAUCCUGAACCGAACUGAUGGCUCCGCUGAUGCAUCGCGAGUGGAAAGCGACCUUCAGAUGAAGCGUCGGAUAUCGUUAAUGUCAUCUUUACACUCACUGACUUACUCCACAAAUUGUAAGAUUCAAAUAUUUGCACAUGAUGAGGUUUUUUUUCUAGGUUUAGAAAAGUGUAAUUAUGACAAAUGUAUAUGUUUGGUGUCCUUUUUUUUUUUUUUUUGCCAACAAAAAUGAUUUAAGCCUUACUUUACUACUGUGCUGGAUAUGCAGUCUGUGCACUUACUGAGAAGUGCAGUGGAUUAUGCAUUCAAAACUACUGAGUCUGUAUAAAUGUUGGAUUAUGUUAUUUCUUUGCUUUUUUAUGACAUGGGUUAGUUUUAAAAAAAAAAAACUAUUAUGAUCUCAGCAAUAUUCUGUCUAUAUUAGCCUCUUCAGAUGAUUAUCAAAUGUAUGGCAUACUCUUGUUUCCAUAGGGAUGAUGUAUUCUGUUUGUUUGUUUGUUUGUUUGUUUGUUUGUUCAAAAGGGAGAACGUUUGUUUUUGUUUUUCUCUAACAUUCCUAUCCAGGGUAACACUAUUGUGCCUGUUAAGAUUUUUACAAGUGUUAAUACUGGGAGCUCUCUAUAAAUAUAAAUAAAUAUAUACAUAAAAACAUACACACAUACACACACAUAUAUAUAAUAUAUGUUUGUGUGUUUAUGUGUGUAUAUACUUAGAUCUACAGCAUGAUAUAUUUUUAUGGUCUAUUGAUUGUGACAAAGAAAAUGUACUGGGUUUUUGUAUCUGUGUCUGGUUUAAAACAUUCAGACUUCA